GCAGGCGCUGCGGUCAGCUGAGCGGCGCCCGGCGGGUCGCGAGGGCGCGCGUCACCGUCCGGCUGCCCGGUCGCCGUCCCCCGGCCGGUCCUUGGCGGGCGUCGGCCUCCAGAGCUCUGGUACUGGGACAAGAUGCCAACGAAGCAGUGACCUGAGAGGAGCGAAUCCCGGAGUAAAGAUGGCAUCUUCACAUCAACCUUGCUAUGUGCCACUUCUGACCUUAGGACCCGUUGCCAUGUCCCAUCAACCUCUGAGCUGCCUGACUGAGAAGGGGGACAGCCCCUGUGAGACCCCAGGAAAUGGACCCCCCAGUAUGGUUCACCCCAGCCUGGACACGUUCACUCCUGAGGAGCUGGUGCAGCAAAUGAAGGAGCUCCUGCUUGAGAACCACCAGCUGAAAGAAGCCAUAAAGCUAAAUAAUCAGGUCAUGAAAGGACGAUUUGAGGAGCUUUCAGCCUGGACAGAGAAGCAGAAGGAAGAACGCCAGUUGUUUGAGACACAGAGCAAAGAAGCUAAGGAGCACCUGAUGGCCUUGAGUCAAGAAAAUGAGAAACUGAAGGAAGAGCUUGGAAAACUAAGAGAAAAAUCAGAAAGGCGGUUUGAAGGUUCCAUAGGUGACUUCGGGCUUCCCAGGGCAGACCUGGAGCAGGAAGUAGAGCAGUUGAAGAUCCAGGUGAUGCGCCUUCAAGCUGAAAAGGCAGACCUGCUGGGCAUCGUCUCGGAACUACAGCUCAAGCUCAAUGCCAGUGGCUCCUCGGAAGACUCCUUUGUUGAGAUCAGGAUGGCUGAAGAAGAAGCUGAAGGGACAGUGAAGGAAAUAAAGAACAGUCCUGUACCUACAAGACCAGACUACGUCAACAUGACCAGAUCUAUAGAAGAUGCCAGGACAUGUGUGGAGUUUGAGGAAUUAACUGUGAGACAACUCCUGCUCUGCCUAAGGGAAGGAAACCAAAAGGUGGAGAGACUUGAAUUCGCCCUCAGAGAAGCCAAAGAAAGAAUUUCAGAGUUUGAAAAGAAAGCAAAUAACUGUUCUGAGAUCGAGACCCAGACAGAGGGGAGCAGAGAGGAAGAGGGUGAAGAGGACAAAGACCCAGAAAGUGUGGGUAUAACACUACUACGAAGCUAUCACACCCCCACUGGUGAUGUAGCUGUUGGAAGCGAAGUGGAAAUACUGAACGUUCGAGUGACAUCUCUGUUUAAGGAGCUUCAAGAGGCGCACACGAAACUCAGUGAGGCUGAGCUAAUGAAGAAGAGACUUCAAGAAAAGUGCCAGGCUCUGGAGAGGAAAAACUCGGCCACCCCAUCAGAGCUGACCGAGAAGCAGGAGCUCGUGUAUAACAACAAGAAGUUAGAGCUGCAGGUGGAGAGCAUGCGCGCUGAAAUCAAGAUGGAGCAAGCCAAGACGGAGGAUGAAAAAUCCAAGUUAGCUACUCUGCAGUCAACACACAACAAGCUUCUUCAAGAACAUAAUAGUGCACUGAAAACAAUUGAGGAGCUAACCAAAAAACAGGCAGAAAAGGUGGACAGGAUGCUGCUGCAAGAACUUCAUGAAAAGCUGGAGCUGGCAGAGCGGGCUUUGGCAUCCAAGCAGCUUCAGAUGGACGAGAUGAAGCAGACCAUUGCUAAGCAGGAGGAGGCCCUGGAAACCAUGGCUGUCCUCCGGGCUCAGAUGGAGGUGUACUGCUCCGAUUUUCAUGCUGAGAGAGCAGCCAGAGAGAAGAUUCAUGAAGAAAAGGAGCAGCUGGCCCUGCAGCUGGCCAUUUUGCUGAAAGAGAACAAUGACCUUGAGGAUGGAGGCAGUAGGCAAUCCUUGAUGGAAAUGCAGAGCCGGCAUGGGGCGAGAACCAGUGACUCUGACCAGCAAGCUUACCUGCUUCAAAGAGGAGCCGAGGACAUGAGCUGGAGACAGGAGCAGCCACGGAGUCUUCCGAUUCACUCUUGCCCCAAAUGUGGAGAAGUUCUGCCGGACAUCGACACGCUACAGAUCCAUGUCAUGGAUUGCAUCAUUUGAGUGUUGUUUCAACUCCCCAAAACUGUUGGUAAAUGCCAGAUUUUCUCCUCCAA